UAGUUGUUAUCUUUUCUGCCAUCUAUAAUAUUCUGUCUUCCUGGCUAGGUGAGGUGCAGCACCUUUCGACUGCUCCGAAAGUGGAUCUCACCGUACCAAAAAUUGUCUUACUACAUCUAAAUCGCUGUUGACAAGAACGUAGACAUUCAUGGCGCCAACAAUCCAUUACUAUUGUCCAUGCCAGUCUGUAGAGUCAAUUCAGACGCCUCCGCCUCCGCAUAUGGCGUCCUCCUCUGCUAGUUUCCACCCUUUGCAUAGCUUGUUCUUUUGCGAGGAAUGUGACGCUGUUCGGUGCAAUCGUUGCGUUUCGGUCGAAGUCAGUGGCUACUAUUGUCCAAAUUGCCUUUUCGAAGUCCCAAGCGCAAGCGUUCGCGCGGAAAAGAACAGAUGUGCUCGAAAUUGUUUUUCAUGUCCUAUAUGCCGGUCAACCUUGCAAGUAGUCGCGUCUGACCCACCUGAUGGCGGCGAUGGUCGGCCUUCCGUCUCUCUCAAUGGGACUCUGCCUGAAGUCGGGAUAACAUUCGAAAAACCAACUGGACUCGCUGCGCAGCUCCAAAAAUUUGAAGACUCUGCGCCCGAAUCCCUGGAGUUCGAGCGAUUGAAAGAGCAUUUUGAACCUUUCCUCCGUACAUCAUCUCUUUCUUCUUUGUCUCAUAUUCCGAGUACUUCUUCUCAUCAUCUUCCCACUUCGUCUGCUACAGCCGCUGCUUCCGCCGCGCUUGCGCGUGAUGUUCCCGGUGUUGCGAAGUACAACAAUCUUGCUCGCAGUCGUGUGGGCCGGGACAGAACGGCAAACAAAGACGAAAUGUCAGAGUACAAAAGUCGAAUGGAGAUCGGUGUCCUUGGUCAGAUAGGGUCUGAAGGAGAUGGUUCGGAUGUCGAGGCACUUCGGCGCAUGGAAAGCGUGGAGGAAAUCGCGUCACUUGAGCAAAGAUGGGGAAACAGCUGGACCACCUCGCUCAGAACAAGCGAUCUACGACCUCUCCGGAUUCCACUCCAUUCCAAAGUCUCGAAGCGAUGCCCAACUUGCAGGCACAUUCUCAUCAAACCUGAGCAGAAAGCGCAAUCUGUACGAUACAAAAUCAAGCUUGUAGCGGCUAAUUAUCUGCCAGCGAUGACUGUGGCCCUUCCGCACACUCAAGUGGCUGAUACCACGAGGCGUCCGCAGGCUAAGGUACCCAGUGCCUUGGAUGACAGGAAUACUGGUGCUAUGAUGGCGGGAAGAUCGUACCCCUUCCAUCUCGCUCUGACAAAUCCACUCUACGAUCCCAUACAAGUUCGACUUUCGGUGCAGCGAAUGCAUGUCACUGCAGUAACUAACAGUACUGCACCGGAGAAGGCUCGCAGGACACCCUUCGCAGUAUCCCUGCCAACCUCUUCAUUCCCUGUCGCUGCAUUCGCUGAAGCAUGGGAAUAUGACGACGACGACGAUAUGUUUGGGCUUGAAGACGAUGAGCUUGGUUUGGAGAUGGGUCGAACCCGAGACAAAGAUGGCAAAGGAAAAGUCAAGACUGUAGGAGUUUUGGAAAAGAGGGCCAAUGUUACGGUUGUUGGGGGUGAGGUUGUUAUCGGGAAAGAGGCUCGAGGCCACGUAAAGUUUAAUAUGCUUGUUUCUUACACCUAUCGAUCCGAUGACCCGCUUCCUUCGGAGGAUGGUGCCGGGACGCCUUCCCGCACAGUUGCGAAGACACCGGAAGUGAAGACAUUCACCUUCUAUACUGUCGUUGAUCUUGGUCCCAUUCUUCCUAGGGAAGAGAAGCUGGAUCCAGAUAUAUGAUGCUACGCCCUCAUGCACCUGUAUUGCUGCCACGCAUAGCUUAUGCCAUUUUUACCUCUACCCCAACAUCACAAUGGUGCAAGGCAAGUAAUCUUCCGCGAAAUUGAUCAAUCGAUCUAAGUAUGGGUACCUGUGCUUGCAUUGGUCCGACUGCGCUCUCAGAUCGGUGAGUUUGAGACUCGCCCCGUCUACAAUGAAUACUGCGGAUGGUCAGGAUUUAAACUUGAGUUUGGGGCCAAAUUAGCUCGGAUGGUUUUGAUUCGCGUCAAUCUACAGCAAGAUGAUAUAAAUGGUUCCUGAUUACAAUCGAUUUAGAAAAUUUGCGACAUAUACAACCGGCUGGUCAGAAGAAAAAAUUGUGCUAGUCAGAAUUCA